UUUGGGCCCUCCCCCCAACUUAUGAUUUUAUAGCCAAUAGGUGAUGAGGUUUAUUUGCAUAUUUCCUGUCACUUAAGCAGCCGUGGAGUGGAAACAGUGUCAGACUCGAUUCCUCUUUCCCGGAGGAAACCUGCCGCUUCUAGCUGCCUGGCUCUGCCCUUCGAAAGGCAACUUGACCCGCUCGGAACCGAAGCUCCUCCAGCCGCAUCCCGCCUCCGGCUCCGGGUCCAUCAGUCUGUCCUCCCCCGCCCGUGCCCUGUAGUUCCUGCGGAGGAACGAACUCAGAUGGAGAGCAAAGCGCUGCUCCUGGUGGCUCUGGGCGUCUGGCUCCAGAGUCUGACCGCCUCCCGCGGAGGGGUGGCCGCCGACAAUAUAGGAGAAAGAGAUUUUACAGACAUUGAGAGUAAAUUUGCUCUAAGGACCCCUGAAGACACAGCUGAGGACACUUGCCACAUCAUUCCUGGAGUGACAGAGUCUGUGGCUAACUGCCACUUCAACCACAGCAGCAAAACCUUCGUGGUGAUCCAUGGCUGGACGGUGACGGGAAUGUAUGAGAGCUGGGUGCCCAAACUCGUGGCUGCCCUGUACAAGAGGGAGCCGGACUCCAACGUCAUCGUGGUGGACUGGCUGUGGCGGGCCCAGCAGCACUACCCAGUGUCUGCGGGCUACACCAAGCUGGUGGGGAAGGAUGUGGCCACGUUUAUCAACUGGAUGGCGGAGGAAUUUAACUACCCUCUGGAUAAUGUCCAUCUCUUGGGAUACAGCCUGGGGGCCCACGCUGCUGGCGUUGCAGGAAGUCUGACCAAUAAGAAGGUCAACAGAAUUACGGGCCUAGAUCCAGCCGGACCUAACUUUGAAUACGCAGAAGCUCCAAGUCGCCUUUCUCCCGAUGAUGCGGAUUUUGUAGACGUCUUACACACAUUCACCAGAGGGUCACCUGGCCGAAGUAUUGGAAUCCAGAAACCAGUAGGGCAUGUUGACAUUUACCCGAAUGGAGGCACGUUUCAACCAGGCUGUAACAUUGGGGAAGCUAUCCGUGUGAUUGCAGAGAGAGGCCUUGGAGAUGUGGAUCAGCUGGUGAAGUGUUCCCACGAACGCUCCAUUCAUCUCUUCAUUGACUCUCUGCUGAAUGAGGAAAACCCCAGUAAGGCCUACCGGUGCAAUUCAAAGGAAGCCUUUGAGAAAGGGCUCUGCCUGAGUUGCAGAAAGAACCGUUGCAACAACGUGGGCUAUGAGAUCAACAAGGUCAGAGCCAAGAGAAGCAGCAAAAUGUACCUGAAGACUCGUUCUCAAAUGCCUUACAAAGUCUUCCAUUACCAAGUAAAGAUACAUUUUUCUGGAGCUGAGAGUGACACACAGACCAACCAGGCCUUCGAGAUCUCUCUGUACGGCACCGUGGCCGAGAGUGAGCACAUCCCCUUCACCCUGCCUGAAAUUUCCACGAAUAAGACGUACUCUUUCCUCAUUUACACGGAGGUGGACAUCGGAGAACUGCUGAUGUUGAAGCUCAAAUGGAAUAGCGACUCAUACUUCAGCUGGUCCGACUGGUGGAGCAGCCCUGGCUUUGCCAUUGAGAAGAUCAGAGUGAAAGCAGGAGAGACUCAAAAGAAGGUGAUCUUCUGUUCCAGGGAGAAAGUGUCUCGUCUGCAGAAAGGAAAGUCAUCUGUGGUAUUUGUGAAAUGCCACGACAAGUCUCUGACUAAAAAGUCUAACUGAAUCUGCAGAAGGAAGAACAGCACACGAAUUCUGUGAAGAAUGAAGUAACUUUUACAAGAGACGCCCAGAGCGUUGGGUGGUUAAAAGUGAAAUUUCCUGAGUAUUAAUCCCAGCUAUCCUUGUUAGUUAUCAUAAGAGACAGUCUCAAAUACUAAAAAGUGGCUAAUUUAAAUUGAGGAGUACAGUGGCCAAAUAGCACAUCUUGCAACAUUAAAAACCAAAACAAAAACACAGCAGAUAGGAACAGCACUGCAUUUUACCCUUUGAGAAAGAAAUAAGAAUUUUUGGGGCUUGUGGUCAAAUAAUAAAGCUUCUUUAUGUAGUGACUUUAGUCAUAGCCUACAAAUAAUUAGAACCUCAUAUUUUAGCUGGAAUUCUGCAUUUUCGGGAGCCAUACAUUCUCAAAGUUUACUCCAAGCCUGAAUAGAAAAUAAUUUUUUAUGGCCUGAGUGGGACUUAUUCCUUACCGGUCAAACACCUGCCUUUUUUGGAAUGGCUCCCCUCUUGCCAUUGGAUGCAGCCCAGGAGUUAACCAGGAACCAGUGACUGGAGGGAGGAGUGGAGAACGGAAUUGACUGAACCUUUAACACUUCCUGUGGUUGGUUGCAUCAUAACUGUUACAAAUUAAAGGAGAUAUAAAAUUUAGAACAAUCAAGUCUUAAAA